AUGGUUGCUCAAGGAUCAGCACUACAGCAAAGACACACGAGGAUCUAUGAGCAGAUGGGGAUGCAGAAAUGGAGCAUUGGCAGAUACCUAACCUUAUUGCUUUUCCUGGUGGAUAAUUGUGCGGACGAAUGGCGGAUAGCAAUGACGUGGUCACGUAUUUCCCUCAUCACAUGUGAACUCAUAGUGUGUAUAAUCCAUCCUGUUCCAGGAGCCUACUAUUUCGAAUGGACAGCCGAAUUUGCGUACACACACGACCCGAGAAAGGCCACGGCCGACAUAGAUAUAAUUCUCUCGAUCCCAAUGUUUCUAAGACUCUACCUGAUAUGCCGUGUGAUGCUGUUGCACAGCAAACUGUUCACAGACGCCUCAUCGAGAAGCAUAGGCGCCCUCAACAGAAUAAACUUCAACACUAGAUUUGUACUGAAAACUCUAAUGACGAUAUGUCCUGGAACAGUAUUAUUGGUGUUCACUGUCACGUUAUGGAUUAUAGCGAGUUGGAUUCUCCAUGUAUGUGAAAGAUAUCACGAUCCAGACAAUGGUGAGAUACUCAACGCGAUGUGGAUCGUCUCAAUUACAUUCCUAUCUAUUGGCUACGGGGACAUGGUACCAAAUACUUACUGUGGGCGGGGAGUUUCGGUUAUUACAGGUAUAAUGGGUGCUGGUUGCACGGCGCUUGUUGUUGCUGUUUUAGCGACUAAAUUAGAACUCAGCAGAGCUGAGAAACAUGUACAUAAUUUUAUGAUGGACACACAAUUGACGAAAAGGUUAAAGAGUGCAGCUGCAAAUGUUCUUCGCGAGACGUGGCUUAUCUACAAAUACACCAAACUGGUAAAAAACGUCAGUUCCAGGCGAAUACGAAAACACCAACGGAAGUUUCUCAGCGCAAUCCAUAAGCUGAGAAAAACAAAAUUAGAUCAAAGAAAGUUAGCGGACGAGGCCAGCACGGUCGUCGAUAUGGCUAAGCCAUUACUUGUACGCGCUUCCCGAGCAGAAAUGGCCAUGUACACAUCCAAACCUGCGGUGUUGUACAUACAUACACAAAAUAUCAUGUUUGAAAUGAUUUCCGAUAUGCAUGCAACCAGGACGGGCAUAGACGACCGGGUGUCGACUCUGGAACAAAAGAUGGAACAAUUGCAGACCACUUUGGACAAUCUGCCACAGGUUUUGAACUCAUUCCUUGAGUCUGCCCAACAGCAAAUGAAGCAGUCACAACAACAAUAUCUGCUGAUGCAGCAACAACAGCAUCAGCAGCAGCAACAGCAGCAGCAGCAGCAACAGCAGCAACAACAGCAACAGCAACAACAGCGGAGGCAGCAUUUGCAAUUGCAAAGGACUAUUGAAGACAGUCCUCCGUUGCUACACAGUUCAGGAAACCCAUUCGUUGAAGUUACACAGGAUACAACUGCGGCAGCGGAGCCACCCAAGAGUCUAAGAUUGCGUUCGUUUCCCGCCCAAGGAACGUCGGCCUCGUUCGAGGAAACGCCAGCGUCAAGGCGAGAGGAAAUUGACGUGGAGAGGUCACGUGCGUACAGUAGUCCUGACGUCAGCAACAGCCGGAUCCUGAAUGUACAAUAAUAACUCCCAUCAUUAUUAAACCCAUAACCCAUGCAUCUUGAAAAUUGGUCAUCAAUCUCGACUCGGUAAUAGGAAGUUCUUGCAUCUGACAUUAGAAAUGUUAAGUCCAUGCAGGUACCAACUGUACAUGUAAACCUAUGGCAUUAAUAAUGAAUACAAUGGACACUCAAUAUCACUCGCUCAAAAAUAGUUUCGCAAUCGGUAUUGUUUUGCUAAUAAUGUUGACAUUAACAACUUCUUUGAAAAACUUUCGUGUUAACGGAAAUUUGCAACAGCCUUGUUACGUAACAUUGUUGUUGCUUGAUCAUAUCUUGUUAAUUGGAGUUUUACUCUCUCCUUUUUCUUCUUGGAGUGCAGUUGCGGUACCUUGACAAAAAUUCCAUAAUAUUUUAAUCCCAAAAAUAUUAACACUGACUGGAAUCAUAGUGAUUGAGUGUCAAUGAACGAGUCAAAACAUGCGUGCCGUUGGGUUUGCAUACAGCCAUAUAGAUGCACUGGGUGGUUCAACACCAUAACUCGUCCGGUGUCGCAUGCAAUUAUGUCCUCUAUGCAAUACUAUGCGGAAAACAUUAUUGAAUAUGCAAUAAUGU